UGACCCGGAUGUAGUUUCUAUCGGCAUCACAAACAAGAGGAUGUCCAGUUAGCAAGUCAGUUAGCGUUCUGCUAACAAAGUCUGGAAGUUGCACUAAUGUUGUCAGCAGGUGAAUCCUGAAUCAGGUGUGCGCGGUGUCGGACUUUCCUAAAGUCAACCUUUGACCUUUACGUUUCCGGAUUAUUCACUCAUGAAGUCGGAGAGCCGGAAAUAACCGAAGCUAGCUCGUUAGCUUCGUUCGGCUAACGUUAUCGAGGCCAGCUGCUGUAACGUGGAUGUGUGAGAAGAAGAAGAAGAAGAAGAAGAAGAAGAAGGUGUUCGUUGAUUUAACAUCGUCGUUAAGUAUCAGGACAUGUUAUCAACCCCGAGGAGGAAUAACUAACGUGUUACAGAAGAGUUUAGCUUAGCAGCAGGUUAGCUUCAGAGGAGAGUCAUGGACGACUUCAGCUCCAUCAGUCUGCUCUCUGUGGCCAUGUUGGUGGGAUGUUACGUAGCAGGUUCGAUCCCCCUGGCUGUCAACUUCUCAGAGGAGAAGCUGAAGCUCAUCACCGUGCUGGGAGCGGGGCUGCUGUGUGGGACUGCGCUGGCUGUCAUCAUUCCUGAAGGGGUCCAUGCACUUUAUGAGGAAAUACUUGAAGGUAAAGUCAAACAAAGCAGAGUGUACAGAGUGUCUUUCCCCUGAGGUUUACACUCUCAGAAUGUUUCACCUGAUUCCCCUGGAGCGAGUCAAAGCUGCAUAACAGGUAGCUGAGAGUCGUAAGUGAGUGAAGAGCUUAAACUGAAGUCAGGCUGCACAGAUUGGUUUCUUUUAUAUAAACUCUCACAAAUACAGUGAACAUUUCCCAUCAUGUUUUCUUUAAGUCGAGGGGAACUUCCUCAA